CAUUCCUCACCGAGUACACCAGAAGAAGUUAUAUUCAAAAAUGGAUUCAAGAGCAGUUCAAACUCAGGGGCACAAGUACGAUCAACACCACCGUAAUCCUCAAAAUAUUGGGUCACAAGGAGUGGCGGCACAUGGGGAUGAACACAACCAUGAGAAGAAGACGGUUCUGAAGAAAGUAAAACAAAAGGCCAAGAAAAUUAAGGAUAGCAUCACAAAGCAUGGUCAUCAUGACCAUGAACGUGGCCACGAGUAUCACUAUGAAGAUCAGCAUAUCCCUGAUGAUCAUGACUUGGAUGAAGAAGAUGACGAAGAUGUAGACCCAGUCCAUGGAGCACCGAUUUACGAUAGUGCAGCUGUUAGAGGUGCAGAAGCUAUUGGAGUUAAUUUAGGAGGUAUAGCAGUUAUGGGAGGAGAACCUCAUCAGGAUCCAAGAGUAGUGGUUGUUUCUCCAACUACUGGAGUUAAUCAAAGCGGAGCCACUGAGCCUACUAUGGCAUUUGUUGAGGUACAUAAAGUAGUGCAUACUAAGGUCAAUUUGGAGGGACAAAUUCACUUGGAGGAAGAUCCUCAUGCUCCACGAAGUGCACCUCAAGCUCAUUCUCCACCAAAUCAUCAAACAAAAGUCAAAGAUCCAACUGGGGCAGGUGGAGCAGAAAUUGACAUUACCCCAGACAAAACUUUCUCCAGGAUGACUAUUCUUUAUGAGCCAAACCAAGAACAACCAAACCUCUUUCCAACUGUUCCUGAAACUCACCACCACCCUUCUGCUGGAAGCCACUCUCAUAUUGCACCACAGCUGUCUAGUGCAACCAAUUACCCAUCUACUCAGAGCCGUGGCCAAUACUUCCCAGAACUUUCUGGUGAAGUUAAAACCGAAUACCCCAAAAGCCAUGGACAUUUUACACCAGAGUUGUCCACACCAACCAAGACUCACUACCCUGAAGCUCAAAGCCAUGACCAAUUCUUGCCACAACAAUCCAGUGCUACAAAAACUCCAUACCCUUCAUCUGGAAGUCAUGAUCAGUUUACACCGGUGUCAUCUACUGGACAUAAUAUUCAGCACCCUUCUACCAAAUUCCAUGGACAACACUUGCCACAACAAUCUAGUACUACAAAAACUCAUUACCCUUCCUCUGGAAGCCAUGAUCAGUUUACACCAGUGUCUUCUCCUAAUAUUCAACACCCUUCGACCAAAAUCCAUGACCAACACUUGCCUCAACAAUUCAGUACUACAAAAACUCAGUACCCUUCAUCUGGAAGCCAUGACCAGUUUUCACCAGUGUCAUCUACUACUGGAACUAAUAUUCAACACCCUUCUACCAAUUUCCAUGACCAGCACUUGCCACAACACUCAAGUGCUACCAAAGCACAAUACCCUUCAUCUGGAAGCCAUGAUCAGUUUACACUGGUGUCAUCUACUGGACCUAAUAUUCAACACCCUUCUACCAAUUUCCAUGACCAGCACUUGCCACAACAAUCCAGUGCUACCAAAACACAAUACCCUUCAUCUGGAAGCCAUGAUCAGUUUACACCGGUGUCAUCUACUGGACCUAAUAUUCAACACCCUUCUACCAAUUUCCAUGACCAGCACUUGCCACAACAAUCCAGUGCUACAAAACCACAAUACCCUUCAUCUGGAAGCCAUGAUCAGUUCGCACCAGUGUCUUCUACCGGACCGAAUAAUCAGCACCCUUCGACCAAAUUCCAUGACCAGCACUUGCCUCAACAAUUCAGUGCUACAAAAACUCAAUACCCUUCAUCUGGAAGCCAUGAUCAGUUCACACCAGUGUCUUCUACCGGACCUAAUAUUCAGCACCCUUCGACCAAAAUCCAUGACCAACACUUGCCUCAACAAUUCAAUCCUACAAAAUCUCAGUACCCUUCAUCUGGAAGCCAUGAUCAGUUCACACCGGUGUCUUCUACCGGGCCUCAUAUUCAGCACCCUUCGACCAAAAUCGAUGACCAACACUUGCCUCAACAAUUCAGUCCUACAAAAACUCCGUACCCUUCAGCUAGAAGCCAUGAUCAGUUUACACCAAUGUCAUCUACUGAACCUAGUUUGCAACACCCUUCUACCAAAACCCAUGACCAGCACUUGUCACAACAAUUUGAUGAAACAAAACAUCAGUACCCUUCAACGGGAAGACAUGUUCAGUUUACACCAGAGUUCUCUACCGAACCUAAUGUUCAGUCCCAUUACACCAACACCCAUGAUCAAUACCCUUCAUCUGUAAACCAUGAUCAGUACCCUUCUACCACGAUCCAUGACCGAAACUUGCCACAGCAAUCUAGUCCAGUUGCAAAAAAUACCCACUAUCCUUCAUCUGGAAGCCACGAUCAAUUUCUACCAGAAUUUUCAACUCAAACCAGAACCCCACAAUCCUACAACACCACACGUAUGGAGGAAUCCCAAUACAGACCAAUGGAGAAACCAUCAAAUGAUAGCAGUUACACAGAUAAAAUCUCAUCAGCAACAGCUUCAAUAGCUGAUACAGCCGUCACUGCUAAAAAUGCUGUAGCUUCAAAGCUUGGAUAUGGCCACGGAAAUGAGACCGAAGCAACUCGAGCAAAGAUGCAAGAGAACAUAAGCAACGAAGAACCAUCAACAGUCUCAUUAGCUACAGCCGCAAUAGCUGAUAAAGCCGUCGCUGCCAAAAACACAGUAGCUUCCAAGCUUGGAUAUGGUGCCGACACCGAAACAACUCAAACAAAGUAUCAACAACAGAACACAAGCAGUGAAAAACCAUCAACAAUCUCAUCAGCAACCACUGCAAUAGCUGAUAAAGCUGUCAACGCCAAAAAUACAGUAGCUUCAAAACUCGGAUAUGGUCCUGAAACAACUCAUCGGGAAGAAGAAAAACCAUCGACAAUCUCUGCAGCAACCUCUGCAAUAGCUGACAAAGCUGUCACUGCCAAAAACACCGUAGCUUCAAAGCUCGGAUAUGGUCCUGAAACAACUCGUCGGGAAGAAGAAAAACCGUCGACGAUCUCUGCGGCAACCUCUGCAAUAGCUGAUAAAGCUGUCACUGCCAAAAACACCGUAGCUUCAAAGCUCGGAUAUGGUCCUGAAACGACUCAACAGGAAGAACAAAAACCAUCCGCAAUCUCUUCAGCAACCUCGGCCAUAUCUGACACAGCUGUCUCUGCCAAAAACACCAUAGCUGACACAGCUGUCUCUGCCAAAAACACCGUUGCUUCCAAGCUCGGGUAUGGUGCUGACACUGAAACAGUUCAAGCAAAGCAUCACGAAGAAAAACCAUCAACGGUCUCCGCAGCCACCUCUGCAAUAGCUGAUAAAGCUGCCUCAGCCAAGAACACAGUAGCUUCAAAGCUUGGAUACGGUGCCAACACAGACACAACACAAACAAAGAAUUACCAAGAGAAUACAAGCCAUGAACAGCCAUCAACAAUCUCUUUAGCAACCUCUGCAGUAGCUGAUAAAGCUAUCUCAGCCAAAAACACCGUAGCUUCCAAGCUCGGUUUCGGUGACAGAACAACAGCACAAGAAGAGAAGAGAAGAGAGCAUGCUGCUGCACCAACUGAAUAUGGAAAGAGUGUUGCUCAGUCUCUGACUGAGAACCUAGGUCCAGUUUAUGGAAAGAGUGGUGUGAAGUCCAAUGUUUCAGGUGAAAAUGCUAGUGUGGUUGUAGAACAAGACAAGGGUGUCUCUAUGAGGGACUAUCUGGCGGACAAGUUGAGGCCUACCCCUGAAGACAGGGCUCUCUCAGAAGUGAUAUCAGAGACUUUGCAUAAGAAAGAGCCAAUGGAGGUCACUGAGGAAGAAAACAAGGGUGUGAAAAAGGUAAUUUCUGAUGCAGUGCAUAAGAGAGAGGAUGACCCUGAAAGAAGGUUAGAUCAACAGAUACCAGUAUGGAAGGUAACAGAAUCAGAGGAAGUGAAAAGAAGGUUAGGAAGUGAUGAAGAAACUGAGAGAAGGUACCAAGAGAUGUAUGUGAAGAGUCCAGGGACAGGUGUGGUUGAUAAGCUUAAGGGAAUGGUUGGAUCAUUGAUUACCAAUCCAGUGGAGAACCAAUCCUUACAAGAGAAAGAUUCCUCUACUACGAAUUAUGGGACAGAAGUGGAACAUAUUAACCAAGGUGGAACUCAAAGAAGACUACAGGAGUCAUCUAAUUGAAGAAUUGGUUUCGAGGAAUAUUUGCUUUUGAUGUGAAUUUGUUUAGAUUUAUGUUAUUGUUGUUUGUCUGCUACCUGUGUAAUGUGUCUGGUUCUUUCUUGCAAGAAAGUCUGAUGUUUGAGUCACUGAUAAUUUAUUUUCAUGUUUCUGUAUUAUGUAUAUGAUGCUUUUGAGUCGGCAAUGUUAUAUGUCAUGUUAGUGUGUUACUGUGUUGAUAAAAAUAUUUAUGUAAUAAAUUCCGUUCUUUAGACAUUUAAA